CUGAAUGACAACAAAAAAGUAAACAAAUAAUGCAUGGAGCGGCAAGAAUUUUUGCAGCGCUUCCAUUGGAGUAUUACUUGCUAAUUGAGUAGUGAAUUAAGUUGGAAUCACUUGAAGAUUUCUUUCUAAUAUACAUACUGAAGGAGAAGAAGCGCAACAAUGUCGAGUAGUGAAAGUGAAAAUUGCAAUGCUGGACAGUUUGUGAGGUUAGGAAAAGACAUGGAAAAUGUGGAAACAUCAUCCGAAGCGCCCCAGAAGACGCCAAAAAAGCGAAAGCGAGGAAUUGUUUACAUCUCCGGAAUACCCAAGUACAUGAAUGUAGCAAUUCUAAAGGAGUUCAUUGGAGAGUUUGGCAAAGUUGGGCGGGUUUAUCUGCAGAAUAACCGAAAAGAUGACGACGAGCGGCCAAAGAAGAAACAGAAGCAUCGCAGAUACACAGAGGGAUGGAUAGAGUUUGAGAGCAAGAAGGUGGCCAAGCUGCUGGUGCAGAGGCUGAACGGGAAGCCAAUCACCACACGGAAGCGCUCAAAGUUCUGCGAUAUUCUGUGGAACCUCAAGUAUCUGUCUGGCUUCACGUGGGCCCAUCUCAGCGAGAGGCUCACCUACGAGAAAGCCGUGUACAAGCAGAGACUGCAGACAGAGAUCUCCAUGGCACGCAAGGAGGCCAACUUCUACAGCGACAAUCUGGAGCGUAGCGAGAAGAUGCGAAAGCGAAAGAGCAAAUGAGUUAUUUU